AUGGCGCUGGACGGAUCCAGUGGCUAUGUAGCUGCCAGCAGCCUCAGCCUGGCUAAGCUGGCCGAGUCAUCACUGCCGAUAUUCAGCGUCAAGCAGGUCCAGCUCAAGUUCUCCAUCGCCGCCGAUUUCGUCGCGGCCCAGGUUGCCAACGAUGUGCUCAUCCUCGCUCUGGCAACCGGCAGGAUCCUGAGGAUAGACUUGAAUAAUGCAGAAGACAUCGAUGACAUCGACCUGCCUAAGAAGUCAUCCGAGAUAGGCGUCAUUCGCCGCAUGUUUCUUGACCCUUCGGCCUCACAUCUGAUCAUAUCGACUACGCUUGGGGAGAACUUCUACCUUCAUACACAGUCUCGACAGCCCAAGCCACUCUCGCGCCUGAAGGGGGUGAUGAUAGAGUGCAUCGCGUGGAACCCGGCCGUACCUACAGCUUCGACGAGGGAGAUACUCGUGGGUUCGACGGACGGAAACGUCUACGAAGUAUACAUCGAAUCUGCCUCAGAGUUCUACCGCAGAGAUGAGAGAUAUGUCAACACGGUGUACAAGGUGCCCAGCCUGUCUGUAACCGGCAUCUGGGUGGACUUUGUCGGUGGGAGGAAGGAUUCCCGGCAGAUCAUAGUGUCGUCGAAUGGGAAGAUAUUCUACUUCACGGGCAAGAUAGGGAGACAUGGGAAGGAAGGAGGAGGAGGAUCGAUAUACAGUGACCUGUUCCGCAAGGAGAACCCCGUCGUCCAUGAGCUCUCUAGCGCGACUCUCUCGGCGCCGUCAUUGCUUGCCAUGCAACCCGACCCCCUGGAGGAGGGACACAGCGAUGGCAGAGCAGAUGAUGAAAGGCGCUUUGCCUGGCUUUCGUCGCUAGGUGUCUUACAUGGUGCCGUGCCCAACUCUCCCAACCAAGAGAUGGGAGGCCGGAUAUUCGAUAAGGCCAAGAUGAUUCCUCGUUCAAUCUUACCAGCCACCGAAUCUGCGAGAGGAGGCCGGAAGCUGAUCCAGGACCCCAUCAAGGGAAUGGCCAUGACACAAUGGCAUAUUCUUACCUUGGUCGAGGGUAGAAUCGUCGCAGUCAACCGCUUGAAUGGAGAGAUUGUGUACGAUCAGGCAGUCCUCGAGCCAGGCGAAAGCUCACUUGGUUUGGUUGCAGACCAAAAGAUGAACACAUACUGGCUUUUUACAGGGCAAGAGAUAUAUGAGAUCUCCGCCAACGAUGAGGACAGAGAUGUGUGGAGGAUCCUUCUAAAAGAGCAACAGUUUGACUCUGCGCUCCGAUAUGCCCAUGGACUCACCCAAAAGGACGCCGUGGCCACUGCUUCGGGUGACCAUCUUGCAAGCAAAGGACAGUACCUAGAAGCUGCGUCGGUUUGGGGCAAAAGCAGUAAACGGUUCGAGGAGGUCUGCCUCACCUUCAUUGAUAAGGGGGAGCAAGACGCCCUAAGGAAGUACCUCCUUACCCAACUGUCAACCUACAAGAAGUCAGCUACGAUGCAGAGAAUGAUGAUAGCGAGCUGGCUGGUAGAGAUUUUCAUGUCCAAACUGAACUCGUUGGACGAUACCAUUGCAACAAAGGCUGAGCUGGUCGAGGGAGGCAACGCAGACGAUGCCAAAGAUGACAUUCAGAGUAUACAGUCUGAGUUCCAGCAUUUCGUCAACAAGUACAAGGCCGAUCUCGAUCCCAGGACUGUCUAUGACAUUAUCGGUAGUCAUGGGCGCGAAAAGGAGCUGCUCUACUUUGCGACUACGAUCAGUGAUCACAACUUCGUCCUCUCGUACUGGGUUCAACGGGAGAAGUGGUCGGAAGCACUCAACGUGCUGAAGAAGCAGACUGACCCCGAAGUGUUUUACAAAUACAGCAGCGUUCUGAUGGCAUACUCUGCGAACGAAUUUGUCGAUAUACUAAUGAGACAGACGGACUUGGAUCCUCAAAAGCUCAUACCAGCGCUACUUAGCUACAACAAGGGCACCAAGGCCACCCUGCCUCAAAACCAGGCAACAAGAUACCUCAACUUCAUCAUCGCCAAUCACCCUAACCCCUCAGCAGCCGUACAUAAUACCCUAAUUUCUAUAUACGCAUCCCACCCUUCGACAUCCGAGGGCGCUCUCCUCCAGUACCUUGAAUCCCAGCCGUCAUCCCCACCUCCUUAUGACGCCGACUUUGCCCUACGCCUAUGCAUCCAGCAUAAGCGUGUGCAGUCAUGUGUGCACAUCUACAGCAUGAUGGACCAGUAUCAAGAAGGCGUCACCCUGGCCCUGAAGCACGAUGAUAUCGAACUUGCCGCUCUCGUCGCUGAUAGACCAGAAGGCAACGAUAAGCUCCGUAAGAAACUCUGGCUUCUCGUAGCCGAGAAGAAGAUUCACCAGCCCGGAAUCGGCAUCAAGGACGCAAUUGAGUUUCUACGCCGGUGUGAACUCCUACGUAUCGAAGAUCUGAUACCCUUCUUCCCGGAUUUCGUGGUAAUCGACGACUUCAAGGAUGAAAUCUGCACUGCUCUAGAAGACUACUCGCGGCACAUUGAUACCCUCCGUCAGGAGAUGGAUAAUUCAGCACAUGUAGCGGAACAGAUACGGCUGGAGACCGCGUCACUGGGCUCGCGGUAUGCCAUCGUCGAGCCGGGAGAGAAGUGCUGGAUCUGCUCGUUACCUGUGCUGAGUAGACAGUUUUUCGUCUUCCCGUGCCAACAUGCGUUCCAUAGUGACUGUCUGGGGAAGAAGGUGAUGGAUGCAGCGGGGUCGGGGAAGAAGAAGCAUAUCAGAGAUUUACAGGCUGAGAUGAGCAAGGGGACCAGCAUCGGGGCAAAGAGGGAGAAGAUUAUCAGGGAGUUGGAUGGGUUGAUUGCCGAGGCAUGUAUCUUAUGUGGAGAGUAUGCUAUCAAGCAACUGGAUGAGCCAUUUGUCAGCCCGUCAGACAACAAGAACGAAUGGGCAGUUUGA